UGCUAGUGCUUCGAAUUUUAACUAUAGACUCGGGUACAGAACUUGUCAUUGCGUAACGCAUUUUCACGUCCACCGCAGAACUCUUUAGUUGUGAACUCACUCUGUAUUCACCAUCGUUCAAAGUUGAGCGCGCGCUCUCUUUAAAUCCGGCCGCUCGUAUUUUUAAGCAUUCACGAAGUUUCGUACGACCAGUACAGACAGACACUACUAAUUCAUUAAGCAUUUAUUAAAUUUAUGACUGACUGUAAUUCGAUAGUAAGAUAAGAACAUUUAUGUUAAGUUCCAACAUGUGAGUGCAGUGAGGUCUGGACAGCGGUUACAGACAGUUUACCAAGUGCUAGUGCAGCUCCCGAGUGCAUCUUGCAAUUUCGCAACCGCCAACAAGAUGAAGCUAAUAGUGAUAGCCACCACCGUAUUGCAUUUAGCCUGGGGUGCCUCGAUCGUAGACAUAACAUGCCCGGACACGUGCACCUGCCAAAUUCAAGACGAACACUUGGAAACUUCGUGUGUUUCGUACGAAUUCAUCAAGAAACUCAUCCCGAAACAAGAAUCGACAAUAGUGCGCUUAAACAUAAACGAUGCUUCGUUAGUUAACGUCGACUUGAAGUUAAAAUAUCUGAAAAACCUAAAUUCUUUGGACUUGUCGAGAAACACCAUCCCUGCUCUACCGUCUCAAUUCCCGUACUUGCCAAAACUGAGGAAUUUCAACAUAAGCAACAACCAACUGCGAGAUGUCACCUUCUCUCAGCUUCCGAAAAACCUACGAAUCAUUGAUUUGUCGCACAACUCAAUCGCGAAUUUCCCCAAGGACUGGUCAAGUUUAAAGCAAUUGGAAAUCCUACACUUUCAUGACAACCCCAUUGACUGUGAUUGUGACAAUUUAGCAAUCUACGAACAACUGCUAAAAGGAGGCAUUGUUAUACCCGAGAGUCUAACUUGUUACUCUCCUAAAGAAUUCCACGGACGAUCGUUAAAUUCCGUUAAUUGUUCCUUAAUCAAGGAAAAUUUGUUGAAUUCGAUGCUAGGUGACCAAGAGUUGGGUUCCGGCGCAGAAGAUUUUGAUACUCACGAGGAAUAUAGCAAACUGGCUGAAGAGGAUGAAGAAUUUUUUAAGGCUGAACAGUUGUCCACGGAACAUGUCGAAGACGAACUAGAAGGCAGUGGCGACGAAGGAAGCGGUUUCAUACCCAUUUUACCCAUCCCAGAGAAACCCAAAGCAUGCCAUUUUAACUGUUCGACUCCUCGUCCAAUUGGACUUGACGACGAAAAGAACGCUUCGCCACCACCUUCGGUGCAAGAACAAGCGAAAAUACUCUUCGAAGACGUUAUAUUACCGGAGCAAGUGACCACACCGACCACUCCAGCACCAGUACCAGAAGCGGAAACGGAGCCACAAAAGGAAAAAGAACCAGUAGAGAUAGACGAAAUGAUGGAUAAACGCAUAAUAACAAACGACGUGGAGACUGUUCCAACGAACGACACCAUCGUAAGCGAAAUGGAAAGGGCUAGUUUUGAAAACUCAAGUUCCAAGUCCGUAUAUAUUAUAGUCGGUUUAUUGAUUGCGUUUGUAUCUUUCUUGCUCGUUUAUUAUAUUAAUAAGAAGAGGAAUCAAAAGAAGCGGAAUAAUCGUAAGCGCAACAAGUCGCACGAGAACGGUUUCGGCGAGGAGAUGAAACCUCUUGGGAAGUCAGCUGAAGUCCAAAAACCAGUGGAGCAGUUGAAUUCGAAACUACCCGAAUCCGCACCGUUGUUGAAUGGACAAAAUGGAAAGAUCGCAGACGAAAACAACGUAAAAUCACCGCCCGAGAAUGACGAGGAUGAUUUAGAAAAUGUUGAACUACGUAAACCAGAUAAAGAAGAGUCGUUGACACCGCAACCUGAAAGAGUUACGAUUAAAGCUGGAGAACUUCCCGAUUCGGUUCCGAAGACUCCUUUGCUUGUGCAGCGUCAUGUGAACAGUGAUGGAGAAAUUGUCACUACUGCAGUAAAUUCCGAUUGAAAGGUACUAGUGAUGUGAAUACCUCAGUAUUUAAUAGAAGAAUACGUUUGUGAUAAAAAAAUUAUCUUAUAUCGCGGUCGUUCCUAUUAUUUAGUCUUCGACAUGAAGUCGAUACUUACGUGAGUUCGCAGAUUUUUAAACUGCAUGUUCGACUGUUUAUAGGCUAUUGUAUAUUUACUUAUUUUUAUGUUUAUAUAUUUAUAUUGUUACCAAAGUAAUUUUUUAUGUGGAGAGAGAUUAUACAUUUGUAGCAGGAUUGGUGCUUUUACUCUAGAAUAUAAAAGUACUUUUGUGGUAAUUACUCGGUCCUUUGCUGUAUAGGUUUCUAUUUUCUGCCAGUGCCAUUAGUUUCGAUAAGUUACGAAAUUGGGUUUAAUUAGCAACUUAAAUUAGUCUAAUUUAGGGUUUAGUUUACGAAUACUUGUGAUUUUAUUUUAUUUGUUUUCUACUUAUUUAUUUUGAAUUGUAAAAAGUCGAAACUAACAGCGAAAUUUAAAGUACCCACAAUUGUCAUUUGUUAAAUUGACGCACUUGACGAAAUUGUUUUAGUUUACGCGAAUAAACCGUGGAUCGAGAACAGGGUAGAAAAUCAAUCAAAUCUUUAUGUUAUGUUAUGUCUAGCGUGAACAUACUCAUAUUCACAAUAUUUCGUUUUUGUAUGUUUUACAACUUAAUAAAUCCGUUUAAAUUAAA